AUGUUCUCUUCAAUGGGCACGAUAUUCUUUUAUCUAACAGCAUUGGCUGUGUCUCCAGUUCUUUGCAAGUCGCAGUCAAAAUGCUCAGUCGAGAGCUUUCUGAUCCCUAACGGAACCAUCGCCUCAGCCCAGCAUCAUUCUGUCGGGGACGUCAUCCUCCUUCCCAAUACAGUAGCAUCCUGCGGAGGUCCAAACUUCAAAGCCAACAUCACAGCAGAUCUCUGCAGGAUUGUUGUCAACGUUUCAACAAGCGAAUCCAGCUCAGUCCGCAUCGAGGCAUGGCUUCCAGAUGACUGGAACAAACGUCUACUAGCCACAGGAACAGGCGGCAUCGGAGGUUGUAUCGAUUUCCCAACUGUACAAAACGGAGCUCAACUUGGCUUUGCAAGCUUUGGUACAAACACGGGCCACGACGGCGAGCAAGGCUUUGACUUCUUCUUAAACCAACCAGAGGUCAUCAACGACUUCGGCCAUCGAGGGAUUCACAUCGAAGCUGAAGUUGCAAAAGAAAUAGUGCAGCAAUACUAUGGGAGGAAGGCUUCAAAGAGCUAUUACCAAGGGUGCAGCACAGGCGGCCGCCAGGGUCUGCAGAAUGCCCAGCUCUACCCAGGUGACUUUGACGGAAUUCUCGCUGGAGCUCCAGGCGUCGACUGGCUUCACAUUGUUGCGUCCAAGGGUAUACUGGCUCGACGUAUUGGAUGGCCUGAUCUGAACUCUGAUGCAUAUGUUCGACCAGAACAGUGGAAGGCGAUUGUGGCAAAACAGAUUGAGCUGUUUGAUCCUCUGGAUGGUGUUGAGGACGGCAUCAUCGACAACCCUGCUGCACAUACCUUUGACCCAGUGAUCAUGGCCUGUGGCACUGGGCUACUCCACAGGUCACUCUGUUUAAAGCCCCAGCAAGUAGCGUCAGUUAGAGCUGCAUAUGAACCUUUGGCAGACUCCGAGGGCAAUAUUGUAUACCCUGGAUUUGCAUUGGGUGCUGAUACAAGCGUCUUCUCCGCCAACCAGAUCAACGGUACCGCUGAGUUGAACUAUAAAGUCUUACAGGACUUCUGGCGUGGCGCAGUUUACAACGACUCCAGUUGGACACCUCAUAACUUCACCGUUAAAGACAUGGACUUUGCCAUCAAACUCAACCCAGGAGGCGUCAACGCUGCGGAAGGUGAUCUUCAAAAGUUCUAUGCCAAAGGAGGCAAGAUAAUAUCCUACCAUGGUCAAGCGGAUCAGACUAUUACACCCAAAUUGCCCGCUGAGUACUACGCUAAGGUACAAGCCAACCUCAACGCCAGGCUAGAGGACAUGCACUCAUUCUACAGACUGUUCUUUGUUCCAGGGAUGUAUCACUGUUCGGGAGGUCCUGGUGCAUUCGAUAUUGGUCAGGUAUAUCCGAUGAAAAAGGAUAGACUAACGGCCAAAGAGAAUGUUCUGCUGGCUUUGGUGAAGUGGGUUGAGGAGGAUCAAGAACCUGAGACUGUAGUUGGCGCCAAGUUCGGCAACGGUGAGGCUCCAGACAAAGCUACAGCCCAGCGAAAGUAUUGUCCGUACCCGUACGAGAGCAAAUGGGGUGGAUCUGCAAACACAACCAAGGCCGAUAGUUGGCACUGCAAGCUUCCUGGAGCUUAA